AUGACUCCCAAGAAUCUUAUCCACAAUACAGCACCCAGCACAAUACAAUGUGAUGGCAGAGAUCAUUGGCAAGCAAAACGACCAGGUUUCUUCCUCUCCAUCGGGGAGCGCUACCAAUUCAAUCUACUAGAUUCAAAAACAAUUCAAGGGGAGCUGGGCUGGAUCUCUUAUCCGUCACAUGGGUGGGAAGAGAUCAGUGGUGUUGAUGAACAUUACACACCCAUCAGGACUUACCAGGUGUGCAAUGUCAUGGAUCACAGCCAAAAUAAUUGGCUGAGGACAAACUGGGUUCCCAGGAACUCUGCUCAGAAGAUUUACGUGGAGCUCAAGUUCACUCUGCGAGACUGCAAUAGCAUUCCAUUGGUUCUGGGAACUUGCAAGGAGACAUUCAACCUGUACUACAUGGAGUCAGAUGAUGAUCACGGGGUCAAAUUCCGAGAGCAUCAGUUUACAAAGAUUGACACCAUUGCGGCUGAUGAAAGUUUCACUCAGAUGGAUCUCGGGGACCGUAUUCUUAAACUCAACACUGAGAUUCGAGAAGUAGGUCCUGUCAACAAAAAGGGAUUUUAUUUGGCUUUUCAAGAUGUUGGUGCUUGUGUUGCCUUGGUGUCUGUGAGAGUGUAUUUCAAAAAAUGCCCGUUUACAGUGAAGAAUCUGGCUAUGUUUCCAGACACAGUACCCAUGGACUCCCAGUCCCUGGUGGAGGUUAGAGGUUCUUGUGUCAACAAUUCUAAGGAGGAAGACCCUCCCAGGAUGUACUGCAGCACAGAAGGCGAAUGGCUUGUACCCAUUGGCAAGUGUUCCUGCAAUGCUGGCUAUGAAGAGAGAGGUUCCAUGUGCCAAGCUUGUCGACCAGGUUUCUACAAGGCUCUGGAUGGUAAUACGAAGUGCGUUAAGUGCCCACCUCACAGCUCUACCCACGAAGAUGGUUCAAUGAACUGCAGGUGUGAGAAUAAUUACUUCCGAGCAGACAAAGACCCUCCAUCCAUGGCUUGUACCCGACCUCCAUCUGCACCGAGAAAUGUUAUCUCUAAUAUAAACGAGACCUCGGUUAUUCUGGACUGGAGCUGGCCCCUGGACACAGGAGGCCGAAAAGAUGUUACCUUCAACAUCAUAUGUAAAAAAUGUGGGUGGAAUGUCAAACAGUGUGAGCCCUGCCGCCCAAAUGUCCGCUUCCUCCCUCGGCAGUCUGGACUCACCAACACCACUGUGACAGUGACAGACCUCCUGGCCCAUACUAACUACACCUUUGAGAUUGAUGCCAUUAACGGGGUGUCAGAGCUGAGUUCUUCACCAAGACAGUUUGCUGCAGUCAGCAUCACAACGAAUCAGGCUGGUGAGUACAUGUUAGAUACUUCUUCCUCUUGCCAUCUUGAAUCCCGGGAAUGGUUUGGUUGGAGCAUAACAAACACUUCUCUGCUGUCCAUAGCUACUUUGGAUUUCGAUGAACUG